AGGGCUUGUAGUUUUAUGUUAGCAUACGUUAAAAAAAAGUCUCGAUCUACUCUCAUUUCCGUAGAUCACAGUUAAUAUCUGCAAGAGAAAUAUCAAGGGACAUUUAGUAUGAUGACUGAAGUAGCGGAGAGAGUAAUCUCGCAUGAACAGUACAUGCGAAUCACAUUGGAUGAGUUGCCUAGAAACGCAUUCCACUAUUAAUUUUAGGAAGCAAAAUUCCCGAUGAAAACGUAAAAAAAAUUUAAAUUAAUGUAAAAUGUUUUCCCUGCCCGCAAAAUCAGUUGUGAAAAAUGUAGGACGCAGAUAUUACCGUAAGACGACUAAAGCCGUUCUUCUGGAUAAAAAAAAGCCACGUAUUCCGGUAACUCCAAUUCCCGAAGUGAUUGAACAGAAUGCAGAGAAACGUGUUUCGUAUUCUCCUUCGUCCUCCAAGCAAAACGUCUUGACGAUUAAGAAAGCUUCAGCGAAAGAAGAGUCUCUUACUGUAAAUUUGCCGGAUGUUCCGCACAAGUUUCUUACCGCAGAAAAAAACAAUAUCUCUUUCAAUCGGCGGGGAAAAAACUUUCCAGUUGUUGCUUUCUCGCCAGGCAUGAUGGGAAUCUGUAAACAGGGAACCGAAGUCCGGAGUGGAAUGACCGACAAUGAGCCGGUGAAGGUUCUCGGGGAGAUGGGGCCGUCUUCUGAUUCCACUAAAUCCUACAGCUACUCCAGAACUUACCUGGAAUCCCGGUGUCUGGAUCUGGUGGAACACUACAGGGCCACGCGAUGCUCGACGGCCGAAAGCGUCCCCCAUUUUAACAUGAAAGAAAAGUUUAAAAAAAAGCGGAGAAAACAAUUGAAUCACAUUCCUGGUGGUAAAUCGAGACCAGCGAAAAAGUUACCCACACAAUUCACCGAGAUACGGGCGAAGAGAAUUCGCACGGCGGCUAAUUGCAAGAGUUCGAGGCGGUUUUUGCCAAUACCUUCGAAACGAAAUGUAAUUCCCGCAAUUCUAUCGGAUAGAAAACCGACUUUGUUGCACAACUUCUCCACCAAAUUUUCAUCAAGAAUAAGCUGUGAUCUUUCCGAAAAUCUUGGCGCGAAUAACACUGGAAGUGAGCCAUCGAAGAAAUGUGAACCGAGUCAAGGCCGGUGCAUAGAGACCGGAUUUAAACGAUCGAAAAAGUCUACUUCCAGUUCUGAAAAAUCACCAAAAAAUCUACCAGCCUAUGACGCACGGGGGGAAAGAAAAAAAAAAGAAAUUCUCAUCUCGCACAGAGACAUUGCUCAUCGUUAGCACUGACGUUGAUUUUGUGCGCUGUUAAGGGGCUACUUCGCGAAAUUUUUUUUAUCAAGGUCGUGAUCUCAUUGAGCGAUCCAAAUAAUUACCGCGUUGAUAUGCAUGUGUGUACGUGAAGGUGGAUAAGUAAAUUGUCGAAUCUUUGUGUGUAAAUGCUUUGUCAGGCAGAAUUAAAUAAAUAACUGUUAUCGAAAUAUUUUAAUCAUAUGGUAAAGAAACUCUAAGGUCUGGAGUUUUAGGAAUUAAUAUUUGAGAGUGAUACGAUUCUACGUCCUUCUUUGCAUCUCUUCAAUGAUGUUUACGAAUAUUCUGAUUGCAGUUGAAGACCCCAGGAUCUACCAUGUGCGCCCAAAGCCGAGGUGUAACUUACGCAUCGAGAGUAAGUCUAAAAAGUUCAAUUUUCAACUUCUGAUCGCUUGAAUUGAAAAUUAUGCUCCUAUUUGAAAAUUUAUUCU